AUGUCCCGUGACGAGCUUGUGCAGAAGGCUAAAUUGGCCGAACAGGCCGAGCGUUACGAUGAUAUGGCCGAUGCUAUGCAGAAGGUCACCGAGCAGGGAGACGAACUGUCCAACGAGGAGCGGAAUCUUCUGUCUGUUGCCUACAAGAACGUCGUCGGAGCCCGCCGUUCUUCGUGGCGAGUGAUUUCCUCCAUCGAACAGAAGAAUGCCGACCAUUCCGAGAAACGCUCUCAGUUGGCGAAAGCUUACCGCGAGACCAUCGAGAAGGAGCUGAGCGAUAUCUGCACCACAGUCCUCAACCUCCUCGACAAGCACCUUGUCGCCAAGGCCUCAUCACCAGAAUCGAAGGUCUUCUACCUCAAGAUGAAGGGAGAUUACUACCGAUACCUCGCCGAAGUUGCCCAAGGAGAGGCCCGCUCCGCCGUUGUCGACAAGUCGCAGAACGCCUACCAGGAGGCCCUCGACAUUGCCAAGGACAAGAUGCAGCCCACGCAUCCGAUCCGGCUGGGACUUGCCCUGAACUUCUCGGUCUUCUUCUACGAGAUCCUGAAUGCCCCAGACCGCGCCUGCCAGCUCGCCAAGCAGGCCUUCGAUGAGGCCAUUGCCGAGCUUGACACCCUCAACGAAGACUCGUACAAGGACUCGACCUUGAUCAUGCAGCUCCUCCGUGACAAUCUGACGUUGUGGACUUCUGACGCAGCUGGAGAAGAAGAGACGAAUGAAGAUGCC